CAUGCCUGUUAAAUUAAUGCUGUCUGUUUAAGUGUCCAUACGUCACAACCGUGCUGCUAUGACGUCAUCAGGAAGAACGCUGACCGAAAGAUGGCCGCAUUCCGCUGUUGCCGAGACCCGUGUGGUUUCGUUUGUCUCAUUUUAACUUAUUUUAGCGUUUUUUAUGCCGACUAUGUCGUGAUCCAAUAUGUCCUUAUCCCCGCGUAUUCCGGAAGUGUAUGGUGCACUCUCCAUGGAUCUGUGUUUAAUAUUAUUCUGUUACUACUGCUGGCGUGCCAUUCAAAAGCAGUGUUCUCUGACCCUGGUAUGGUUCCUUUGCCCGAGACAGCCAUCGACUUCUCUGACUUAAGGUCCCAGUCUAACCGCCUCAAUGACAGAGGCUGUGAGGGCUGGACAGUGUGCAGUCGCUGCGAGACGUAUCGACCUCCCCGUGCCCAUCACUGCAGAGUUUGUCAGCGCUGUAUUAGGAGAAUGGACCAUCACUGCCCAUGGAUCAAUAACUGUGUUGGAGAGCUCAAUCAGAAAUACUUCAUUCAGUUCCUGUUCUACACAGGCAUGGCCAGUCUAUAUUCCAUGGCACUCGUGGUGUCGGCAUGGGUGUGGAGAAUAAGGAGUGAAAGAGAUGGAGAUGGAGAUGAAGGAGAAGAAGCUCCCAGCAAACAUUUGAUUGUGGCACAUUAUAUCAUUCUGUUGGUGGAGUCAAUACUGUUUGGAGUUUUUGUCUUGGUCAUUUUCUAUGACCAGCUGGUGUCCAUUAUAACAGAUGAGACGCCUAUUGAGCAGAUGAGAAACAGGCUGAUGAAAGACAAACCCAACAACAGUCAACCGACACACGUCGGGCACACAAGAAAACCAAAAAUCGCAUUGCUUCGGGAGGUGUUUGGACGUGGAUCAAUACUAUGUUGGCUGUUACCUCUCCAUUCCGCCCCUCCCUCCGCUGGUGGCAUCAGUUAUUCAGCACUUACCGAUUAUGAUGUUUAAAAUGUCUUUUUCAUCAGGUCAUUUACACUGUCAUGUUUAGGACACUGUGAAUAUUGUGUUACUAAUUUCAGAUUAAGUCAUUUUGUUAUGACAAAUAAAAAAGAAGAUUUUAUUUCUAUGAAGAAUGCUGCCUUUGGUUCCUGAACACAAACCCUCUGUUUUAAGUUACUUUUUAGGACAAAAGUUACAAUAUAUCCCCAGUCACCCCAUACGUCUGUGUCCAUUUAGUUAUUUAUUUUUUGCCUAAAUCUUACAUUUUUGUUCUCUGAUGAUGUCUACAUAACACACUAACAGUUACACGAGGUCUGCUAUGUUGACUUGUUUUCUUUAAAUGGACAUAAGUGUUUAUUUCAGGUAAAUGAACUUGUCAUUGUGUGUUUCAUUUCAGUCUGUUCGAGUACAUGGACUGUACUCUAUUUUACAUAUUUGUAUUGUAUAUAAAGACGUAUUUUAUAUCUUUAAUGUCUGAGAAAAUGUUGCUGCAUUUUUAAGGUACUGGACUACUUUUGUUGAAGUGCUUUUCUAUUUGGUUUGUUAUGUUAAUGGUUUGCUGUUUGUUGACAGCUUGAGGGAUGUGUGUACAUAACAGAUCAAUUAUGUAUAUUGAUAAUGUUUACAUUGAUAUUUAUUGUAAUUUAUUGUGUGUCUACAUGCUGCUCUGACUUAUGUGAAGUAAAUAAUGUC